AGUGCGGGGUCAGGGGGAGGUGCAGGUGCGCGCUGAUUGCUCCCCGCAGCAACACCCGCCGUUCACGCGCCAUACGCGUGUGCGCUCCAGACUCGCCUACUUAAGCGCGGUUUCUUGUUUGUUUGUUUUCCCCUCUUCUCCCCCUCUUCCCGAUCACUUGCGAUGGUGUUCUCUCUGCUGCGCUACAUCCUGUCGGCUCACGGCUCCAUGGAGUCCGAGGAGCAGCGCCACUUUCAGCCGUGGCGUGAUUACAUGGGUCUGGCGGACACGGUGCGUGCCAUGCGGAGCUCGCGGCUCCCGGAAGCCUCUGGUCCGGAACCUCAGCAGGAGUUCAGCUUUACGCGUGAGAUCUCUCCUCUGCAGGGCCACGAUGGCGAGCUCCAGACCUCCCCCGAGCCUGAGAUGUCGGAGGUCAGAGGAGGAGCGAAGGGGCGACUGAAAUGCGGUCGUACCGGGACUACAGGGUCUCCACCUCCUCCUCCAUCACCUCCAUCACCAUCAGCUCCUCCUGCGGUCGCUCCUCGCUCUGGAGACAAGUUCUGCAGCUUCUGCAAACACAACGGCGAGUCUGAAAGCGUGUUCACGUCGCACUGCCUGAAGGGCCGCGGUGGAGAGGUGCUGUGUCCUUACCUGCGCCGCUACGUGUGUCCGCUGUGCGGGGCGACGGGCGGCCGCGCGCACACCAAGCGCUUCUGCCCGCGCGUGGACAGCACGUACAGCUCCGUGUACACGCGGGCUCCCCGGUAAAACGCAAACACGCAGACACUGAAGCCUGCUUUCACACUCAGCACCACGCGGUAGGCUGUCCUUUACCUGGGAAGCUGAUUAAUAAGCUUUCAGAGUAAAAGCUUCACAGUUUGAUCAGUGGUCUUUAAGAUCCGCCUUAUUAUACACCUGGAAAUGUAGAUGUAGCAUUUAUGAUGCACUCCAGAGAAAUGAUAAGGUGCCUUUAUUUACGAGUGUGUGAGAGCAGAAGGUUGCACGUGCUUUAAAAAAAAAAAAAAAAAAAAAAAAAAAACAGAACAACUUGUUGAAAAAAAAAAAAGUUUUUCAGCUUUAUAUUUUUAAUGUCUGUACUAUUGUACUUGUCAUUAUGGCUAAGAGCUCUUCAGUUGUGGUGUUUUUUAAGUGAUUGUGUGUGUGUGUGUGUGUGUGUGUGUGUAAUAUAAUCAUGAACCCACAAACACACUCUGGAAUGACCUGCAUGAGUGUCGAGAGUUUUGCUUUACUAACUCUGUGCUUUAUAACUGUGUGUUUACUUGCAGAUUUGUUGAUUUCUUGCACUGGUGUGUUCUUUUGGGUGUUUUUGUGAAGCUGAUUUCUCUAACUUGUGCUCAGGCCUUCGCUUCAUCACAGGUGCAGUGUGUUACAGGUGCAGGUUUAUUCCUGGCUUCAUGAUGGGACGGUGAACAGCCUCUCUGUAUCUCUGACCUGCUCGUGUUUUACUGGUCCAUUUUACUGUUAAUUCAGAGAAAUGCUGACGUGUUAUGACUUUUUAAAUGUUUUAGACCAUUUUGGAUUUGCGUUAAUAUGCUUGUAACAAGCCUCAGUGCUGCAUUUGUUUGUUUUUUAAUAUAACAUUGGACUGUUUUUGGUAUGACUGACAUGUUUGAUGCAUCUGAUUCUUCUGCAAUUUUGUAGAAUUUUCCAUUUCUAAUAAUAUGUUUAUAUAAAGA